AUGAAGCUAAUCGAUUUCAGUCCGUCAGUGGAUAACGAAACGCUUACGGCUCUCUCGGAGCCGUUCCUUGAUCGAACUCAAAAAAUGCCUUCCGAACGUAAUUCUGGUAGUACACUGCCACGUAAGGCUGUUAUCGGCUUGGCUGUUCUGCUCAUAUUGACCGGAAUUGGACUCACGAUUGCCGCAUUGUUGUUGCCUUCAUGGCAGGUAGUUCAGUUGUUUGAGUACAGUGAUAUGCACGAGCAUGGUCUUUGGUUGGACUGUGUACGUUUCACACGAGCUGAUUUACCGCUUAUGCAACGGUUUGAAUCCGUAUCGGAACCUCUGAAUUGUAUCUAUAAAUGGGAUUAUGAUGCAAAACUCGGGACUCGAGCUCAAGAUGAUCCAGAAAGCCCGGUCGGGGAAGUGAACAGACACCAGUUCUUCGGAUGGCAAGUAGCAACGCUGACUUUGUUGGGACUAACCAUUUUAACGGCAAUAAUUUCCACUUGUUUCGCGUGUUGUGCGUGCAGUUAUCGUUAUCUGACUCUUCUGUUCACUGCAGUCACAUUACUUACAACAUGUGCUUGUGCGAUAGCAUUGAUACUGUUCUUUUUCUAUUCACAUCGUGCUGACAAUCGCUUUAUUAGUGGGAUUGUGAGUACUUAUGAGCAAAAACUUGGACUGGCGUAUUUUCUGGCGUUAGGCGCAUGUCUAGCUUAUUUUCUAGCGUUUCUCGUUAGUUUAUUGGCCGCCUUAUUUGCAUUCAAACAGACGACAUCAUCGACGGACGAUGAUCAGUUCAGUAUUGGUCGUAUUUCACGAUCUACAGGUCCAAACAUUCAGAGGACAAUGCAAGUGGAUCCACCGUUACUCUUCCAACAGACCACCGGUGCAUCGAUAAUCCGAUCUCCGCCUCAUUACACCAAAUUUCAAAGCAAUUACUCGAAAUCACCGGCUGCCAGUAUGCCUGAGCUAUUGCCCACGGCCGAACCACGACCUGGAAGUGAGACGUGUGUUUGA